AGAUUCCUUCAACCGAACCUUGCAGAUCAUCCUGGAGGUUGUCCCAGCUGACCAAUGACAGCACACAAGCAUUACAGCACCAGCACAAUCGGAUAAAUGCAGAUGUUUUUUAAACUGAAAUUCAAAGUUAUUUUAUUUUUACUUAUUUGUCACUGAUCUUUGGGAACAUUGUGAUUAUUUAUGUAAAAGGAGACGAAAAAUGUUGCCUUUUGCUUUGUACAACCUAUACAUUAUACAUAAAUGAUACUAUUGUGUGUUUAAUAUGUUUCAAAGCAUUUAACGAUUUGCCUUGAAUGCUCAUAUUAUCAACAUUUCAGUAAAUAGGAACAUUUGCAAACAUAGAACACAUUGAACAUGUAAGGCCCACCCACCUGCCCAACCAGACGUGUUGUUUACAAGGACAGCCAAUCAGAAGGUGAAGAAAGAGAGUAAGGAGAUGUCUUGUUUCAGCAAAGAAUAAUGCAUUGUGGCCCAAUUUAUAAUAAAUAAGAAUUGUUUUAAACUGGGAAUCAUGCAUAGCUACUUUAGAGUAACAUAUUUGCUUCUGUGACUGCUUAGAGUUUAAAGGCGAUUUACAGUAUUAUGCUUAUUUCUUGCUCUCUAAGCUUAUUUAGGUACCAUGGGACAAUAGUCUGUAAUGAGUGAUUUUAUUAUCAAUGUGUUAUAGUUAUUUAAGAUAAGAGUUUUUGAUCAGUAGGUUUUUUUUCAUUGUUUGACCUUUUACAUAGAACGCAGUUGUUUGGUCAUCAGUAUUGUUACCUCUUAGAAAAAUAUUAAUGUAACACAGCAGACUGAAUGAUUUUUUUUAAAUAUAUGCCUUCAGCUCUUGAAGCAGAAAAAUCAUUCUCCCAACUUUUUGCUGUGGAUACUGACAGCAUGUCCACUGCUAAUAACUCUGACCCUGUUGCACCAUAAUAAAAUGAAUGCACAGUU